UAGCUUUAGAUUUACACCAUCACAGUCUGAGUAUAUAUUCAUCAGCUCCAGGUCGUCAAACCGACAGCAGUUACUGAAGUUCUUAGGGGGGAAACAUGGAGUCCGCAAAAUCUGAGAUGGAGAAGUAUCGGCGAUCGAUAGGACGCUGGCGAAUGGUAGCAUUCGUCCUCUUAUUGUGUAUGCUUGCCCUGUUAGUUGGAAUCAUCAUCAUAUCCUUUGUGAAGAACAGACAGUUGGAAGAACAGGUGGUGCCAGAAUGUUCUGGAAAGGAGGAAAUCAAUCUAGCGCAGCCAGAUGAUCCGUCUGUGUUUCACGAUCUCACGGCAGUCGAGGUCAGGGGGCUUAUGAAGUAUUUACAUUCUCAGAAAAGUCUAAAUUUAGUCCAGCCUGCAGAGAAACGGACAAACAACAGCUAUCUGUAUCUAGCAGAGAUUUACGUACCAGCCAAGAUGAAAGUUCUAGACUAUCUUGAUCACAACGGGGUUAAGCCAGAAAGGGAGGCGAUUGUCACAAUUUUCAGGGGAGAUAAGCGACCCCCUGUCGUAGAGGAGUAUCUAGUUGGACCCCUUCCGAACCCUAAUCAUUGGAAAGAAGUUCCUUUUCGUCGACAGAAAAUCCCUUUCAAUCUUCGGCCAUUGACAUCACCAGAACUUGAUUCAGAGAUUUUUCUACUUGAGGACGCCAUUCAUUCCACUUUAUAUGAUCUAGUUCUAGAAAGUUUCGGAGGGAAAUUUAGAGACUGUGGUGAUAAAUGUUUAACAAUGCAGUCCCCUGCCCCAUUCUCGCCUGCAGUAUCCGGUGUGCCUCACGGUCGGAAGAUCUGGUACACAAUGUUACGAACAAUAGACUUUUUUAUUCUGCAUCCGCUUGAUUUUGCUGUUCUUGUUGAUUUUAAUUAUGAAACUCAAAAUAUAGCGAUAGAUGCUGUUUGGUAUCAUGGACAAUCAUUUAGUAGCCUGGAGGAAUUAGCAACCGGAUAUUCUGACGGAUCUGUGACGAAAAUGAAAGUACCAUAUUCACCGGAAAAUGACAACACGUUCUCAAAAAUGACAAGACGUGGCCAGGCGUUUCAAAAUGAGUUUAAGAGAGACCCAAUAGAAGUGGAACCUGAUGGUAAGAGGUACUCAAUACAUCACAACCACGUGGAAUAUAUGGGCUGGAAGUUCUACUACAGAAUGUCGACCGUAGCCGGUCCACAACUAUAUGACAUCCGCUUCAGGAACGAGAGGAUUGCCUACGAGAUCAGCUUGCAGGAAAUAGUUGUCCUUUACUCCGGUUUUAAGCCGGGCCAGAUGUUCCCAGACUAUUACGACAGUUGCACCCUAAUAGGACCUCAGGAUAAGGGACUGGUACCGGGUAUAGACUGUCCAGCACACGCCACAUUCAUGGAUACAUCAUUUGUCCUAGAAUCCUCCAAAGAACCGUUGACAUUUAAGAAUACAUUCUGUAUUUUCGAGCAUAACACCGGAUACCCAUUAAGACGACACCACUCCUAUGCUAUGGGAUACGGAAGCUAUUAUGAAGGAAUGUCAAACGUGGUUCUAACUUUGAGAUCAGUGUUUACUGUGGUGAAUUAUGAUUAUAUAUUUGAUUUCAUAUUCUUCCAGAAUGGAGUUGUACAGGUGCGUGCUAUUUCAACGGGCUAUAUACUAGCUACUUUCCAUACAGACCAGGAGGCGCCUUACGGAGCACAGGUACAUGAUCACAUUAACGGAAACUUGCAUACCCAUCUUUUUAACUUCAAAGUAGAUAUUGAUAUCAAAGGGAAAACAAACCGAUUCGCAACAUGGGACAUCGCUCCCACAUCAAGGCCAAACGACUACUCCGCGACCCCAAACGCUAAAUAUCACAUGACCAAUUACUCACGUAAUGUGAAAGAUACAGAGCUGGCGGGCGCAUAUAAAUUCAACUUCGAGACGCCAAAAUAUCUCCUCUUUUACAACGAGCAAGAAAAGAACGCUUACGGAAAUCCGAAAGCCUAUCGUAUCGUGAACAGAGGCAUGGUGAAACAACUGUUCGCCGAGGGUGAGGGGAACGAGCCGGCGGCAAGCUGGGCAAGGUACCAAGUAGCUGUCACCAAGUACCAGGAGUCCGAGAGAAGGAGUAGCUCCGCGUAUGCCUACAUGGACUCAUCAGAUCCCGUGGUACAGUUCCAAAACUUCAUUGAUAAAUAUGAAUCUAUAGUAGACGAAGUAUGUUCACGUUAUUUAUUUAUUUUUUAUUCCUAAAUGAUUUUAUGAGUA